AUGAAGACGCAUGCACUGCUUGCAUUCUCCUUUUCCUUCUUUGUCACUCUCUUUGCCUUCACCAGAGCUGAGUAUAUAUAUGACUCAGACGGCGACAUCGUUAACAAUGGAGGCAAUUACUACAUAUUGCCACCUGCUUAUGGAGGUACAGCAAUUGAAGGUGCUGCCGUUGUCAAAGGUCAAAGUGGCUCGUGCUCACUCGCCGUCGUAGCAGUAGUAUCGUACGAUAAAGGCUGGGCAGCAAAAAUUGCAACACCAUAUCCUUUGAAGUACAUCACUAAUGACUAUCCUUUAAACAUAUCGUUCGCUAGUUUGCCAUCAAACACAUGCACUAACACAUCCAGUUGGACCGUCACCAAUAUCCCUGGCUUUGACGGAGAUCCGGUGAUGGUUGGGAAGCCUCAGGAAUUUUCAGUUCCUCGUUCUGGUUAUUUCUACAUCAAGAAAUAUGAUUCUACCCAGUUUUAUAAGUUUGCCUUCUGUUAUUCCACAUCUUCGUGUGGAUAUGUUACUUUGAAGGCAGAUGCGACCCAUCGCAGCACCCGUUUGGUUGUCACACGGGACAGAAGCGUACAACCAUUGGUAUUCAAGCUUGUCAAAGCAAGUGGUGAGGACGUCGACUCAGGCAUAUCCAUGGUGGUGUGA